AUUAGGACGGAUAUUUUGCCUAAUUCACUGCUGCGGCCGGAGCUUGUGUCCAUGUUCCGAACUGAGCUAUUACAAAAGAAGGGCAAAAAUAAUCGGAACAUUCUUGUUACUCUAGCUACCCUGGUAAGCGGAGAAACUUUGCAAGUAACUGCAGUCAAUAUACAAAAAAAAUCACUUACUGCAACACCCACAGCUGCGCAAUAUGAUCAAGUGUCUGUCAGUAAAAUACCAUUAGCUCCGAGUCCCAUUGAUGUCCAUUUUAUAAACCCAACUACAGUUGAAAGUAAUAUUGAUGGAAUUGAGACCAAAAAAAGUCGUACCAAAUUAAAAAAAGAUACUGAAUCCGAUCAAAGCCUAUCCGAAUCGGAAUACAAUGAUGUAUACAUUAAGCCGUUGAAGAAGUUACCUGCACAGUCUCUAUUAAUGCCAGCAUCACCGACCGUAGAUCAGCUAAUUGGGUCUUUAAAUUUAGAACGCUUUCGACCAGUAUUUAACGUAAUGGCUGAGUUGUUACAAAAAAAUAUUGUUAAUCGACAAACAGAAACAAAACAGAAUAUGAAUGACCUCUCUCUGGUCAGGAAAACUCCAAACACCAAUUUCUCAACUCAAAAUAAAUUGGACGGCCAGCCAGUUUAUAUUCCACUACAAAUACCUGACCCGCAUACUAAUAUACAACACAAUAAUAAUAAACUAAAUUCAAAUUCACUAAGCAACUUUAAGUUAGAUCUAAAUAAUUCAAAUAUCAAUCUCAAUAGAUUAACAUCAUACAGUCUUCACAUCAAUCCACCGGAAUCGGAAGCACAACCUGAUUUUCCAGAUGGAGCAAUUGACUAUAGCUGGCAACGACAGCAAAAUAGUAACAGCUCUCAACCUUACAUCGAAGAAGCAAGACCCCAUUUAGAAUAUGGAAACUCUUUGCUGAAUAAUGGAAUACCAAUACGACCGGGAGAGAUAAUAAAUGCAAAUGCUGAUGUCAUCUUUGGUCGGCCGAACGGAAUAGGCGUUCAGUAUUUGCGACAAAAUGCAGUGUUUAACAGUCAGAGCGAUAGUGAUUUAUCGAUUGAGUAUACAAAUCAGUCAUCCACAAAUUACAACGUACCACCAUUCAAAAAGAAAACCUGGAUACCACCACAAAUACCACUCUCUCUAACCCCACCACGUAUCAUACCAGUCGGUGUAGGAUCUAUGGACUAUAAUCGUGAUCAACUGAAAGCAAGUCGUAAUCAGCAUCGAGUGCUAGUCAACGAUUAUGACAAUAUACUUCGGCCACCAACACGUCAAGCUCCUCAAAUAUAUCCAGAAUUCAGUACACCACCAUCUUACCCAGGAGGCAAGUCUAGAUUACCAGGCAUCUACAACAGUCCGAACAAUAAUGGCAAUGGCCAUCUCUAUGGGUCGCAGCAACUAAUUGCUAAUUUAAAUUCGGAGUUGAACAAUAAUGAAAUUUUGGAACUCAAACAAAUUCCUCAAAUAUUUAGUACUCAAUUACCAACGAUGACAACAUAUCCAAUAUCUGACAGUAAGUACUACAAGCAAAUAUCACCAAAGAUAUCAGCCCAUCAUCAUAUAAACCUGAAGACUGAUGUUCUCAAUCAUAAUGUGAAUAUAAAUGUCCCACCGUUAACCUUCAAGAGUGACAGCGAUAACUUUCCAUUUGCAACUGCACUUCGGGGUCACAUUGCUGCACCACACAUGCCCCUUAUUAAAAUACCAUUGAAUAAAGCUAAUGUCGAGGUUCGACUGACUCCUCAAAAUACGAAACUCGCUGUCAAAGUAGCUGAGACAGCUUAUGAGCACAUGCAUGAUUCGAAUAUCAUUAAACAAACUGGUAAUAUAUUUAAGCAACGCAAUCAGAAUUUUUUUAAAAAUACUGAAAGUUCGACUAUUAGUGGUCCAAAUGCAAGCUUUAAUAGCAAAACUAUAAGUUCGAACAUACCCACUACAAAUUUGUUAUUCUCAUCCAACCCAGAAAUAUUAAGUCCAGCUCAAAUCAAACCACAAAACGUCAAUAAUAAAUGGAAUUUUAGUGAAACGUUUACAAAGUGGAACGCACAAUCGGAUACUACUCAGGUUGCUUCAAAUUCAAUUAUAUCAGAUAACAAUAAACAUGACAAGGGUACCCUUAAUGAUAGUGGAGAACCGAAUUUACAAGAUCAAAAUGCGGAAUAUACUACCUACAACUCGAACUACAAUUUGCCUAACGAAAAUAUUUCUUUAGGAGACAGCGUCUUCCUUUCUGAGCCUGAGAACUUAACUAAACAAAAUAUUCAUUUACAAUCCACAAACAAUGCUAAAUUGGCAAACGCGUCCUCAGUAAGUGCAUGGCUAUCAUUUGCACCGUUCCAGACUAUCAGCUUGGGUCAACCGUUUAUCAAAUCAAAACAGACCCAAAACCAGACAAAGAAAGUACCAAAUGAUUUGCCCAAAAAGGUGUUUGUGGCAGCUGGUGAACAAUUCAAUUUAAGGGCACAGUUGCAGCCCAAGCAGGAAUAUAGUUUGCCAUUACUAACAUCACCGAAUCCUAUGGAAGAUACCGUAAUGGAAACUAAAAUAUUUCCCACAAUAUUGUUGCCUCCACCUUUGGCAACACUUUUAAAAACAACAAUUUCAACAUUUAUUUAUGGAACGGGAGCUGAGCAAAGUGUAGUUGGAUUGCAGCCACCCCCAAUUCUGGCAUCACAACCUACCCCAUCAACAUUAACAGCACAAGAUAUAUUCGAUAGAUAUACACCAUCAAGAGUUAAGAGUCAAAAGAAUAUAGAAGUUUCAUCAAUAUUCAAUGAACCCAUUACACAUAAACCAACAACAACGAAACUAACGAUAAGAGCCACAAAACUUUCAUCUAGAGUUACGAGUCUAAAAGAUAUUGACGUAUCAUCAAUACUUCAAGAACCAAUUACAAAUAAGCCAACAACAACGCAACUAACGACAAAAGCCACAAGGCUGUCAUCAACAGCUACUAGUCCAAAAGAUAUAGAAGUAUCAUCAACAUUUAAGGAGCCCAGUAGGUAUAUCACAUUAGUAACGAAAGGGAAGGCUGUCCCAACUACUGUUACAAAAUCCAAUCAAACACCCGUAUCAUCAAUAUUUAAUGAAUCGAAAAAUGUUGAAAAUUUCAAGCCUUUUCCAUCGGUCACAAAAAGAAUUAAUGUUGUACAACCCCAGAUACCAAAUACUUUCCAUAUAAUUAACUUAUAUACAACGCAAGCGUUAUCACAUAUGACGGAACCUCCAACCGUAACCGAAUCGGUAUUGACAACUUAUUCGAUAUUAAAAAAAAUAAAACAAACAAUUACCAAUUCUAGCCUAGAUUCAUUACUCAAGUCAACAAAUACUUUUCAUAAUUAUGAUGAUGCUAAAUAUAAUUCAGACCUAAUUACUUAUAACAAUAGUAAAAAUUCUUUAUUUUUAUUGGAAUCGUCGGAACCAGUUUUUUCUUCAUCAACGAAAAUUGCUAUUGAGAACAUGAAUAGCAACACAUUUUCGAAUAAAAUAACAGAUAUUCUCAACAAUGAAAUCGUAAUGAAAACCACGAGCAUCUUUUCGAAAUUCUUUAAAUCCACUUCAUCGCGAGCCAUACUAAAACGAUUUUUACGGGUACAACUAAAAAUGAAAUAUUAGAUUAUAUG